AAAAUCCGACUGUCACACCGAGUGACCUCCCUAAUAAAAUUCAAUCCCCCCCCCCCAACGCGGCGAUCGCAUCCAAUCACGUUUAUUUUCAAACGUGCGCGAUACCCGUGUACACGUAUUCUUGUUUGGUGCGCGGAAGAGUAGAAUGCGAACCUGUUCGAAGACACAGAAUUCAAAACCAUGACGGAUUCCCUUUCAAAAUAUGGUUUGUGCAUAGACGAAAUGUGCAAGAUUCGGCUGGUUGAUCCACUAGUAGCGAGACAGAGUGAUAAAUUGAGAUCGGAGUGUGAUAAAUUUGUCGAGAAUAUUACUGAAUUUGAAACAAACACCAACAAUUUUAUACGAAUAAUGGAAGGAUUGGGCCAAGACGUAGAGAGGGAAAAAAUGAAAACGAUAGGAGCGCGAAAUCUGUUACGAUCAGUAGCGAAACAGCGAGAAUCCCAUAAACAGCAGAUGCAAGCACUCAUUCUUGAGAAAAGCAUGCAGCUAGAACGUUUACGGGUACACUUCGAUUCGUUGAAAAAAAUCGAGGAACAACAACUCGAAACGAUCGAGCAUCUUUCUGCGAAUUGAGUCAACAACGUAAAAGUUUACAUUAUUGAGAAACCUUAUAUUCACCGAAUGAAUGAAAUAAACCAUAUGAUCGACGAGUC